AUGAGUGUCGGAUCUGCGAUACGCGAGGCAGCAGCCUCCUCCUCUUCACAGCCUAGCAAGCCAGCGACAUCAAAGCCAGCCACGACGAAGGCGAGCACUUCGACGGUGUCUGCAAAACCAUCUCUUGCCGCAAAAGCCAAGGCUACAGGGACAUCCUCACAAUCGAGCUCGAUUGACUCACCCAUCCGCAAGCAGACUACAUUGGCUCCAUCUACAUCCACCACGCCUCCACGCAAAUCUACAGGCACUGCAGUGAAACAUGCACCCGCUGGCGCUACAAACAAACGAGUCACAUCAGCCACGUCAAAUGCUCCAUCUGCAUCUAGUCAAGAUGCUCGACGUACAAGCAAGCCCGCAGAUAUCGUCAAUCCAAAGCCUUCUACAAAAGUAGCCACAAACGGCUCCUCCACUCACACAUCCACUGUGCAGAAACACAACCACGAAAGCAUCAGCUCAGAAGACCCUGCAGUACUCACCAGUCGAAUCGGCUUUGAGCCGCGCUCCAUAUCUGGUCUGCCUGAUGCCUCCCUCCGCACCAACGAGGCCAUUGUCUGGCUCGACAUUGACAACACUCUCUACAAGCGAAGCACCAAGAUCGCCGAUCUCAUGGCCCAACGCAUCCGCGCCUACUUUCAUGGUAUGGGUCUUAGCGAGCAAGACGCAAAGACGCUCCACACCACCUACUACAAAACCUACGGUCUCGCCAUCCGCGGUCUCGUCAAGCAUCACCAGAUCGAUCCGCUCGACUACGACCGUAAAUGCGAUGCUAGCCUGCCACUCGAAGACAUCUUGCAGCCUGAUUACCAGAUCAAGCAGCUGCUCACCGACCUUGAUCGCACACGCGUCCGUGUCUUUGCCCUUACCAAUGCCUACAAAUACCACGCCGACAGGGUCCUGCGCCUCCUUGAUCUCGCCGACCAGGUCGAAGGCAUUGUCUAUUGCGACUACGCCGUACCCGUCUUUGCCUGCAAGCCAGAGCUCGACUACUACCGUGCGGCACUGCUGGUUGUCCAAGCUACCCCCGAAACACGCAAUUACUUUGUCGAUGACAGCUCGCUCAACAUUGUCGCUGCCAAGGAGCUCGGCUGGCACUCGUGCGUCUAUUUCCGUGAAGAAGACGACGACGAACCUUGGCCUCCUCAGCAAGCACCAAGCGAUGCCGACCAAAAGACCUCUGCUUCCUUUGAUAUCGCCACCUUGCAACCCAAGUCAUCUACGACAGCAUCAUCGUCGAGUUUUGUUGGCGGCAGCGGAUUUGACGAAGAAGCCAUCCGCAGUGAGUUUCAAAGGCUGCCAGCACACCUGCGCAUUGAGCUGCUUGGAAUCAUUCUCAACGCAUGCCUUCCAGGUGAUAUUGCCUCCAUGUCUAGAACACUCGAGAAGCACCUGCGCCUCACCCGCGAUGUUGUCAGCGGUUUGCCAGACUCAGUCGCGCUCAGAAUCUUUGAAAAGCUUCCGAUCCAAGAUCUGCUCCGUUGCCGCCACGUCUCCAAGAAAUGGCACGAGCUCGCCGCCACGCCUGAUCUGUGGCGCUCGCACGCACUGGCACUGACGGAGUCGGAUCCUGUCAAGCUGGUCGCGCCCUCGGAUCCACACGGUUGGGAACCUCUCGUCAAAGGUCUCUUCUUUCGCGAGCGAAAUUGGGCUAAGGGUCUUGCCCAGACCAUCCAAAAGCUCGAAGGGCAUUCUGGCUUUGUGACAGCGAUGAAACUCAAAGGACGCAAGACGCUUGUCUCAGGAAGCUACGACGAGACUAUUCGAGUCUGGGACAUCUCCACCGGCCUCUGCCGCAAAGUGCUACGCGCCAAGGCCAUCGCCUGUCUCGACUUCUUGCUCGACGAGAGCGUUCUCUGCGCUGGCUUGUAUGACACAGGCCGUGUGCUGGUGUGGGACAUGAAGAGCUGGGACCUCAUCCAGACGCUCUCGGGUCACAACCGUGGCAUUCGUCAUGUGGCCAUCAAUCAGCACUACCUUGUCAGUGUUGGCCAAGACAAAGCCAUCGUCGUGUGGGACUGGAGGACGGGGGCCAAACUCGUCCGCUUCGGUCAGCAGAGCAAUGUGUCGCUGGGUGUGUCGCUGGUGGACACCGACAAGCUCGUGGCGGUGACGGUGGACGGCAUGAUUCGGUGUUUCAGCAUUCCGCGCAGAGAGAUGAUCGGCCAGUUCCAGCUGACCAAGCUCGGGGGCACAGAGCUUGGGCUGGGCGCACGCCUCGGUGAUCUCGCCAACGGCUCUUCGAUGCUCGAGUGGUUUGCUGCGCACGGUAACACGAUGACGGUAGCCUCUAAGAACGCCGUCGUGCAUCUGCAGUGGCAGGAGCACGUAGUGCCCACCCAUGGAGCUUCGGUCCCACUCACCGCCGAGGGUCUGCGUCGAAGUGCUUCGUCACGGCUCAGCAACGCAGGAGGUAUGGCAGGGUCGACGCUGAGCCCGCUUCGUGCUCGUCGCGACUCGACUAUGAGCAACGCCAGUACUACAGCUACAUCACCAUCUGCUGGCGUUGCUGCGAGGUCUCGCCGCGAUUCGAACGCAAGCACAACUUCGUCUACGGGCGGAUUCGGACAGACAAGGGGGCCGCGUCGCUCGCUCGCCGCAGCCUCGUCUGGCUCGACAAGUGCAACUCCGACGCGCGCGGGUCGAGCAUCGCUAGGAGCGACGUCCACCUUUGCGUCUCCGUCUCCGUCGGCGCUGUCCACGCCUUCGCGACCCAGCCCUCGCCCCACAACGAAACGCAUCGACGGUCCUGCACCGUGGCCAAUCGCCACGGCCGAUCUCGAGACUGCCGCACGUACAUCGGGCGCAUCGACCCCAAGGAGGAUCAGCACAUCUACGUCGACACCGUCUCUAUCGUUCCCAUCCACGGCUGCCAACGAUGCUGAGAUGGAGAGUGGCACACCUUGUGCAGCAGCGGUCGCCGACACAGACUCUAUUGCAGGCACGGCCGCCACUCGCAUUGCCCCGGAUUUAUCGACGGCUCCGCAGGUGGUGUCGGUACUCGAAACGCCCGAUCUCGCCGUGGGCUGUGUGGAUCCCACAAAGCGGCGCGUCGUUGCGUCGACGAGGUUCAGCAGUCGGGCGGGUGCAGAGCGUAAGCUUUACGCGAGCAGUUUGCCAUUUGACCAUGGCAAGACGUCGACGCAACUUGCGGCGGCCGGUGUUGUAAGUGAUGGCGCACCCCUUGCGGUGAAUGGGAAUGGGCAUGGAGCUGGUCCUGUCUCGGACCAAUCUACUCCUACAGCUGCUUCCAGCCAAGUAGCUUCUUCUUUUACAGCAGCCGGCGACGAGCCCUCCUCGGCCAUCACGGUUCCAAUUCGAGGUGUGUGGGAAGCGCAAUCAGCCGACCUAGCGACACCGGCGCGCAACCCGAUGGCGAUGGAAUUGGACCACGAGAGCGUGGUGGUCGGGUGUGCGGAUGGUCUCAUCUACCGUAUCCACUUUGUCGGCUCAGAGUAUGGCCCAGAGAGCCUUGUGGACACUUCAUGUGAUGCCAGUGGCAACACGAACACCAACGGCAUCAAAACCAGUGCAAGUGUUGGCGAUGCUACGAUCACAGACUUGCUGCAGCUGCGCCAGGUGUGGCAGGAGAUCAUGGUGCCCGAGGACGAGCCGGACCAUCCCGGCAGACUCAAGCGGGACCGGUUGCGGGAGAUGGGUCUCAAGUAG